AAGAUAAAUAAAUGCGGACAAUGUCACUUCGUUAGUAGCUCCUCUCUCCAAAUUUGGAUUUGGGGCUGCGGAAACAGCUUAGGGCGGCGGCUCUCUGCAAGCGGUGAGCGAGCACGGUGGAGGGGAGUGAGGAGUUAAAGCACUUCGACGCUUUAGUUGCGACAGAGGCAGCGAUGUGCCCGCCGGCUUCCAUCUCUCAUCGACUUGAUAUUAAUGUCAGCUCUACAGAUGAAGAGGUCUUGCUGUUUUUGGGGGAAAGGAAAGCUGGGGAUCCUAUUCCUUCCAACAUUAUCACUGAAGUAAACCCAUUUAGCGUUCGACCUUGGGAUUCACCAGAGGGCAAGUGGUAUUUGUACCAUUUUGAAGAUGAAUGUUCUUCAAAUCAACGGAACACAUUUCAAGCAAUACAAAUUGGAUACUGGAGGUCCAUGGCUUAUCGUACAAUAUACACAGACAAUGUAGCCGCUGGUAGAAAAACCACAUGGGAAUUCUAUAUAGGCCAAGAACCACUAGGAAAUAGAACAGGCUGGUUGAUGUAUGAUUAUCAGAGAACCCAUAAGGAAUGUCAAGGACUUAAUGCUGCGCAGGACUGUAGCUCAAUGUGUAGGGUAUUCUUGCAAGAAGACCAGAGGGCAAUUAUUGGUGAUCAAAAGCCCCCAGAUACGGAGCACUGCAGCCCUGUGAGUUCAGAUAAUGCUGAUGGUGUGAACGCAGAGUCUAUGCUGUUACGUUUUCUAGAACAAGAAGAAAUAAACUCUCCAACUAAUACUGCAAACCAAUCUGAGGUUGCUGCACCCGAGCAGAGGCACGACGGAAGCAGCCCGGAUCUUCUAACCAGUGAUUCUGCUGGAGAUUUGAAUGCAUAUGUUGAAAAGGGGGAGUACCUGGAACUAGAAGACCUGUAUGAUCUAGAAUCAACUUCAUCCAGCUCAGAUGAUUCCAGCCUCAUAUCUAGCAAUUCAGACGAUCGUUUUGACGCUGAAGCCUUGUUGAGGGACCUUAAGAAUGAAAGCUGCAGGAACAUUAAGGGUUCAAACACGAUCAACAAUAGCCAUUCAGAGGACGAUGAACCCAGGCUUGCCAAUUCAUCUCCGCCCCCGCCCCUGCCCCAUGAAUGCUCACCAAAAACCUCCAGCCCAGUCUAUAAAUCCAAUCCCACUACAUCUGUAUCAGUUUCUUGUCUUCGCGGUCAUCCGAAAAGAACUCAUUCAGGGAGUUCACAGAGCAGCAGCAGUUCAAAUGGAUCAGGAUCAAAGUCUGUUCGAAGGAUUUCAAAGCUUGGGAAGAAAUACUGCUGCUUUGGACCAUUCUAGCCAAGCUUUUAUGCUUGCUAAUUCAUGGUAGGCUUUCAGUAAAUUAAAUAAUGAAAAUGCAGAUGGCUAUGAUUCUCAGUUAGGGAAUGGCACUCCUGGUGCUGUUCCACUUAGAGGAAAUGGAUAUACAGUUUCUGCUCACUAUAGAAAAUUGCGACACAUUUUGAUGAACUAGUAAAUUUGUAAUUAGAAGAACCAUUCGAUUGUAUAAGGAUUGUUAGGUUUGUCUGUUAAUUAUUGUUUGAUAUGUAUGCAAGAGAAAAAGCCCUUGCUGUCACUACCGAAAAAGAAGAAGAAAAAAGAUAGCAUAUUUUGUGGUAAAUGGUAAUUUUCAUUGCCAUUUUUAUUAGUGCAGUUCUGUAUUUUCAUCAGUUAUGUUUAUAUAUUAAAGGAUGUUAAGGCAUACCAGUGAACUUUUUCUUGCUAAAUGUUAUGUAUUUUAUGCCAUUGUUGUAA